AUGACAUCUGAAAACAGGCACCAUCAGCUACAAAAUGAGGAAGCUAAUCCAGACAUUGAACGUAAGAAAAGAUUUCGGUUCAAAAAUGAUUCAAAACGUAAGACGGACGGAAAAUCAAGAAUUCCGAAAGUUUCUAUUGAAAACGAGCGAUGUAAACUAAGGGAGCCUCAUCGAAAUGGGAAACCCAAAAAGAAUAGGUCUAAGCAGGGGAAUUAUCCACCGCAUUCGCCGCUCACUACUGAGCCUGAAGCAACCGGCACCUCAAAUCCACAUGACGCCUCAUAUGAGAUGAAAAUGGACCCCGAGGUCGCUUUCAGGGAAAGUUUAUUUGAUGCUAUGGCUGAUGAUGAAGGUGCACAAUUUUGGGAAGGAGUUUACGGGCAGCCCAUACAUACCUACCCAAAUAUUAAGUCUGGCCCAGAUGGCAAACUUGAACUCAUGACUGAUGAAGAGUAUACCGCUUACGUUAGAUCUAAAAUGUACGAGAAGACCCACCAGUUCCUCAUAGAGGAAAGAGCGAAAAGAGAUAGUGCCCGAAAAGAGAGGGAAAAACUAUCAAGGGAAUCAGCGCGUCUGAGAAAAGAAGCCAAAAUGUUUAGAAGACAAGUUGAAGAAAGUAUCAAGAGAGGCGAGGAGAGAAAUAUCAGGAAAAACUGGUCAGAGAAAUGGAAUCACUACAUCACGAGGUGGGAGGCACUUGAUAAAGACAGGCACGGAAUGAUUAGCUUUGAGUCUAUACCUUGGCCUACGGCGAGCGGAAGUCAAAUGGAUAUUGAUACCAAGGAGAUUGAGCGAUUUUUCAUGUUAGCCCCCACUUCUGGGCAGCCUAGUCAGAUUCAGCUGGGAAAGACAUUGAAGUUAGAACGCAUUCGUUGGCACCCUGACAAGAUUCAACAAAAGUUUGGCAGUCAAGACAUUAGUAAGGAUAUACUGAAAGCUGUAACCUCCAUAUUUCAAAUAAUAGAUAGCCUGUGGUCUCGGAGUCGAGACGAUCAAUAA